AUGGCUGCCAAUGAGCAAAGGAAACUGAAGAACACUAUUCUCUCCUGCCAGGACCAGUGCUUUGUAGACCAGCACUAUGAGUACUCUUCUUCACUGGCGACGUCAGCCAGUGUUGACAUUUCCAUGGAAACCUGGUACUCUCAGUGGCCGGGCGGUAUCCUGGACAACAGCAGAAGCAGCCAGAGAGAAACCCAGCCACAAGACUACUUCCUGGAAUAUGACUCGAGUGUCCAAGAUGACUUCAUGUGGACAGGCCACCUAUCAUCUCAGCUUCAUAAAAAUAAACAGCUCCAGGACACACUUGAACAAAAGGAGGAAGAACUUGCUAGGCUCCAUGAGGAAAACAGCAAGCUGAGAGAAUACCUGAACUCCACUUACGUUAAAUCCUUGGAGGACAAGGCCAGGAAAUUAUUGAUUCAAAAUGGACAAAAGAAUGGUGGGAUUUCCAAAUGUAAGAAGCGCCUGUUUCAGAAGCAGGACGAGGCUGGAGAUUACUUUGCAGAGAAACCAGCAGCAGAGAGCCUCCCAAAGAGAGGACGAGGAAACCCAAUUUGUAAAAAUAAAAGUAGCUGCUAUAACGCCCAAGAUGAUCAUCAUAAUCCCUAUGUCGAAACCUGGGUGCUCAAGACUUUAGGAUUAAAAGAUGCCAACACUAUUGAUGACAGUUCUUCAGCUAACUACAGUGCCAUUAUUUCUGAGACGUUGGUUGAUUACAGCAGCGAUCAACUGAAGGUGACCGAGUACAACACUGACUAUGCAAUGCCAGCAGACUACAGCCAGGAUCCUGCAGCCCCAGGGAACUUCCUUGCCAGUCCCUGCCCACUGGAGACUUGCUGCACAAACGAGCUCUCUCCCCGCCCCCAUUAUUCAGCACCACCUCGCCCGAUCCACGCACUUUACCAGCCGACUGAACCGGCCUUUCAUGCGAGCAAGGCAGCCCCGAAUAAAACAGAUGUGGCCUUCUCCACCUCGCUCAAUCCCCACCGCAACGUGAAGACGCACACCUUCGGCCAAGGCCAGGCCUUUGUACAACGUGAUGGGGAGGGAGGUUGGAGGUUUACCUGGGUUCCCAGCCAGGCAGAUUGA